AUGGAGCGCAUCAGAAGCAGCACGGAUCAAGGAUACUACUUGCAUCAUCAAGCUGUGGUUAGAGAAUCAAGUCUCACUACGAAACUAAGGGUGGGGUUUGACGUUUCGGCUAAAACAACCACAGGAAUCUCUCUAAAUGACAUAUUGAUGGUGGGACCAACUAUUCAGAACGGAAUAUUUACUCUGAUUUUACGCUUUCGUCAGCACCCAUUUGUUUUGAGUGCAGACAUCCAAAAGAUGUACCGCCAAUUUUGGGUUCAUCCGGAAGAUAGAAAAUACCAGAAGAUUCUUUGGCGAUAUAGCACCGAUGAACCACUAAGGACCUACCAAUUGAAGACCGUGACGUAUGGGACUUCUGUAGCCCCCUUUUUGGCCGUUAGAUGUUUAAAGAAAUUAGCAGAAGGUGAGGGUUCCUUAUUUCCCAUCGCAGCUGAGGCAUUAAAAAACAAUUUUUACGUGGAUGACCUUCUCACUGGAGCUGGUUUAGUGAAGGAUGCUGAACAGCUGCGGGAUCAGUUGAUAAGGCUGGCCAAUAGGGGAGGCCUUCGUCUGUUCAAAUGGAUAUCAGACAGUCAGGAGGUUAUUAAUGACCUUCCAGAUUGCUCUAAUCAAACGAGUUUCAAACUGGAUCCGGAUCAUGCAACUAAGACCUUGGGAGUGCCUUGGAAUUCACAAGAAGACAUGCUUAUUUUUGAGGUAGAUUCGGUGCCUGAGCAGGAACUCAUCUCCAAAAGGGUAAUGCUGUCGCAAAUAGCCAAGCUCUACGAUCCUUUAGGACUGUUAGCACCAGUUAUCAUGUAUGCAAAAAUAAAAAUGCAACAAUUGUGGAAAACUACAACAAAGUGGGAUGACCUUGUUCCCCCAGAAAUAUUAUCACCUUGGCGGCAGUACCAGAAACAAUUACAUCUGCUGAAUCAUUGGAAAAUUCCGAGAGCUGUUCAGGACCCAGGUGCAGAUGAACUUCAACUCCAUGGCUUUGCAGACGCGAGCGAAAGGGCUUAUGGAGCGUGCAUUUAUGUACGCUCAACAAGAGGAGACGAAUAUCACUCUACGUUACUUUGCGCAAAAUCCAGAGUUGCACCAAUAAAGAAUUUAAGCAUGCCAAGACUGGAACUUUGUGCAGCGGUGCUCUUGGCUAACCUUUGUAAGACUGUAACGAAUUCUUUCAGUCUUAAAUUCAGUAAAACGGGGUUUUGGUCCGAUUCUACGAUUACACUCAAUCGAAUCAGCUCAUCUCCUCAUGAAUACAAGACCUUCGACGCUAACAGAAUUGCUGAGAUACAAGAUCUCACACCUGCAACAAACUGGAAAUAUGUUUCAUCAAAGGAAAACCCUGCGGACUUCGUCUCGAGAGGACAGCUUCCUCAAGAAUUCAUCCACAACACACUUUGGAAAAUGAAAAGAAAGGGAACUACCGUGUUAACAACUUUUACCGGAAAACAUAAAUUCCAUCUUUGGACUCGGUUUUCAUCGUUGCCAAAACUGCUUCGCGUAACUGCAUAUUAUUUCCGUUUCAUACAGAAACUACGUAAGCAAGCAUGCCAUUUAAAUUCAUUAUCGCCGGAUGAACUGCGGAAGGCGUUGUAUCACAUAAUGUCAGCCAUACAAUGA